AUGGAAGUAGCUACAUCCAAUCCACAACCUAAACCUCAAACCAUCAACAAACAAGUUACGUUUCAGUUUGCCAAUGAAUGUGAUUUAGAGAUUCACUGUUCGCCCUUUGGUUUGAGUGGGUUAUAUAUAAAAAUCAAUGGCACCGAUAUCAUGGGCAUUGGGUCCACCAUGGGGCUAAUAACGGGAUCAACUAGAGGCUUGAUACAUUACAACGAUAGUAACGAUUUGAUUGAUCAGAAAUACAAGUUAUAUGUUGUGAUAGAUGAUGACGAUAUGUUGAGAAUUGAUUUCACCAAAAUAUACACUGACGCUUCAAACGACAACAACGAAAAACAGAUUCAGGAAGUACCAACAUUGGUAUUUAGAGGAAAGUGUCCGGAAGGUAGACCUGACACUAUCGAACCUUUUAUAGGAAUCUUCUCUUUCGAAAGAGAAACAUAA